GUGGUCCCUUCCAAAGAUGUCAGCCUAGCUUCCACGCCUUCAUUCGGGGUUCUGACGUCAAUGAAGGAAGAUGGCGGCUAUUUGAGUAGGGCAGUUGGUCGCAGCGAUCCGCCGCCUGUUUAUUUACAUCCGGGUCUCUCACGAGUGGGGUGGGCUCCGAGCAGUGGCCAGCAGCAGCAGCCCGGAAUCUCGGGGAAGGCAGCGCGUCACUUCGUGUCAGGAGGCAGCCGGCGGAGUCUGGGGCUCCCGCUCAUGUCGGAUAAUCAGAGCUGGAACUCCUCGGGCUCAGAGGAAGACCUGGAGACCGAGUCCGGGCCGCCCGUGGAGCUCUGCGGAGUCCUCUCGAAGUGGACGAACUAUAUUCAUGGCUGGCAGGAUCGAUGGGUUGUCCUGAAAAACAACACCUUGAGCUAUUACAAGUCAGAAGAUGAGACUGAAUAUGGCUGCAGGGGAUCCAUCUGUCUCAGCAAAGCGGUUAUCACGCCGCAUGAAUUUGAUGAAUGCCGUUUUGAUAUCAGUGUUAAUGACAGUGUCUGGUACCUACGUGCACAAGAUCCCGAUCACAGACAGCGCUGGACAGACUCCAUCGAACAGCACAAGUCUGAAUCGGGUUAUGGAUCAGAGACUAGCUUACGGCGGCAUGGCUCGAUGGUCUCCCUUGUGUCUGGAGCAAGUGGAUAUUCCGCUACAUCCACAUCAUCAUUCAAGAAAGGACACAGUCUACGAGAGAAACUUGCUGAAAUGGAGACUUUCCGUGACAUUCUAUGUAGGCAGGUUGACACUUUGCAGAAGUAUUUUGACGCAUGCGCUGAUGCAGUCUGUAAAGAUGAGCUUGAGCGAGAUGCAGUGGUUGAAGAUGAUGAGGAAGACUUUCUUCAGAACCAUGCAGAGGGGGAAUACAUUCACACAAGUAACGGCAAUAGAGAUAAAUUGUUCCCACAUGUAACUCCCAAGGGGAUUAAUGGCAUUGAUUUUAAAGGAGAAGCCAUCACUUUCAAAGCUACUACAGCAGGAAUUCUGGCCACUCUGUCACAUUGCAUUGACCUUAUGGUAAAGCGGGAGGACAGCUGGCAAAAAAGGCUGGACAAGGAGGUUGAAAAAAGGAGACGUGUUGAAGAAGCAUACAAGAAUGCCCUGACUGAACUAAAGAAGAAAGCCCAUUUUGGAGGACCAGACUAUGAAGAGGGACCCAACAGUCUGAUCAAUGAGGAAGAGUUCUUUGAUGCUGUUGAGGCUGCUUUGGACCGACAGGACAAAAUUGAGCAGUCUCAGACGGAGAAGAGCCGGACACAUUUACCAUCCGCUAUGCCAAGCUGUGACGCAUUCACAGGGGUCGGAAAGCACAGAUUUGCCAGGACACCCCUCUGUCAUUCCCCUGCAGCUGAUUUAGUCAGUACUACUAGCGAGCACAGAUUUGAGAGCCAGGUGGAAGAGAUGGUACAAAACCACAUAACAUACUCGCUACAAGAUGUGGGUGGAGAUGCCAACUGGCAGCUUGUUGUAGAAGAAGGAGAAAUGAAGGUAUAUAGAAGAGAAGUUGAAGAGAAUGGCAUUGUCCUCGACCCAUUAAAAGCCACCCAUUCUGUGAAAGGUGUUACCGGGCACGAAGUCUGCCAACACUUCUGGAAUGUCGAAGUGCGCAAUGACUGGGAAACGACAAUUGAUAACUUCCAUGUGGUUGAGAAAAUAUCUCCGAAUGCAAUCAUCGUUUAUCAGACGCACAAGAGAGUAUGGCCGGCUUCUCAGCGGGACGUCUUGUAUUUAUCUGCAAUCAGAAUGAUUCCAGCUGCUAGUGAGAAUGAAACGGAUACUUGGAUAGUGUGCAAUUUCUCAGUCGACCAUGACAGUGCUCCGCUCAAUAACCGGUGUGUCCGUGCCAAAAUCAACAUUGCCUUGAUCUGUCAAACACUUGUCAGUCCACCAGAAGGCAACAAAGAAAUCAGUAGAGACAACAUUCAAUGCAAGAUUACAUAUGUUGCAAAUGUAAAUCCUGGAGGAUGGGCUCCUGCGUCAGUCCUAAGAGCAGUGGCCAAACGUGAAUACCCCAAAUUUCUUAAAAGGUUUACUACCUACGUGCAGGAGAAAACCUCAGGCAAACCAAUUACUUUCUAAUAUUUGCCAGAGAAAUGAAGAGGCAGCAAGAACAUUCCACAUUGGACAUGAUGGUGAAAUACACUUCCAAGAUGGAACCUGGGAUCUUUUGCCUUUAUCCCCAUGAAAGCAUUGUCCUGAGGAAUAGCAGUGUAUCACAAGACUGAACACCAAACACUAGCCAUCUCCUGCUAGGCCUUCUUGCAGAAUUUCGAUGUAAAUUAUAACCACAUACUGAAGUACAUGUCUGUCUCCUCCGUUCUUCUUUUCUGUUUAGCUUGCUUGCUUUGAAGGGUCAUGGAAAUUAUUUCUUUGAGGACCGAGGCUUUACAUUUCUACAACCGCAAACUGCUUGCAUACCAUAGGCCUAUAAACCUAACAAAGCCAUAAUGUCGUGUGUUUCUGCGAAUCGCCGUACAACUAAACACACGGGGCGUUUGAGGGUUGUUAGAAAACAUUGGUUGGAAAGGUCGGUGAGGGGAUUUUGAGUUUUUGCUUUGUGUCAUUUUUUUGUUUCUUCUCUGCUAGCUUGUUGCUAGCGGUGGUGACGGUUCUGUAAUUCUUCACUCUAAUAACUGAGGGCUCUUAUAAUCUAUGGCUUUGCCUUUCUUUGUGAACCUCCAAUGAAGACUGAGAAGUCUGAAGGAGGUCUCCAAUAUCUAAGAAAGCUUUAUUUUUGUUUUCUCUAAGAAAUCUAUAUAUAUAUUUCUAUUUGUAUUUUUAGUUGUGUUAAUAUCUUUGAAGCAAAAAUGUGUUUAUUCUGUAACUUGAUCCAGAAAUUUCAAGAUGAAUUCUUGAGCACAUCUGCUUAACGUGAACCACGUCCUGGCUAAGCCAGUUCUUGUGGCGUUUUUAGAAUGUGCUAUCCUUAAAGUGUACCUGUCAGACAUGAAUGGAGUAGAAGGCCAUUUUGUGGGAUAAAUCAAUGUUCCUGUGAAUUAUUCACGAAUGUCUGGUGAAAGGAUUUCCUGCUUUGCCCAAAACAUUGACCAGUCCAACAAAAUGGCUCCUUCCACUCAGUCUGCACACCUCAUACACUUUAAUGUGUGAAUGGGUUGAACAGAUAUGCGUUUUGCUAUGGUGUGGCUUGAGCGGUCGUCUUUUUCCUUCAUGCCUCCAGCAUUAGUUUGGCUCUAACAGUAUAUUUCUUCUCCACGCUGUCAUAUUGUGCAUAGAGGUAGUGUGUUGUGUAGG